AUGUUCCUACGCAGUACAGGCUGGGUGCCGGGGCGUGGGCCGCGCGGUGGAGCCGACAGUCGCUCACGCAAGCAGCGUCCCACUCUCCUCGCCAGCUACCUGCACACUGGAGGCUGCCCCUCUCGGUGCUCUCCACAGACGCCCGCCGACCGCCACGAGCCCCCGCCCCCGCCGCCCCCGCCGCCGCAGUCACCGGCGCCCCUUCUUCCGCUCCCGCGCCCAGCAACGAGAACGGCAGCUCACCGUGAAGUUCUCAAGGCAACUGUGACAACACGACAUCAAAGUCUGCAGACAUUGAUAACAACCACGUCUGUGGGAUUACAAGUCAACGAAACAGUCACCCCAGCCUCUGUUUAGGGGUUGAAGGUCUAAGACAUACGUUUCAAAUGCGGGCUUCAGCAUAAUUAUUGAUAGAAUGAACCUAUCGAUUGUUAUGAAUCGAACCUUCUAGAAUGAGGAAGGACUGUUUCAAUUCAUCCCUCUCAUUUGCAUUGAUCAAUUAAGCACAUGCGUCACUUCUUAAAAGUGUCAAGAGAUACACAAUCGUAUAAUGAUGUAGAUUUUGGUCAAAGUCCAAGAAGCUACCGGGCUCUCGUUUGGUGUAACGGCGAAAACGAGAAUGGUCUUUUGAAAUAAAAUAUAUUUUAUCAACAGUUCUCAAAAUACUUUUUCUUAGAAUCUCGUACUUUCAAUUUUUAUAAAAGUAACAAUAAAUACAGUAAUAUUAUAGAACAGAAUGAAAUACUGAAUUAAUAAAAAUGAUAAGUCGUAUUCAAAUGUGUGAUAUUAAUAAUUAAAUAGGUCUACACUACUUAAUGUACUUUACUAUUUAAAAGUGCGUGGAACGUUUGUAGACUUCAUGUGAAUAAGCAAUCGCGCAAUGGAUAAAAGUUCAGCUGAGUAUCCAAGAAGGAUUAAACAUUCUUAUCAUAAUCUAAAAAACUUCAGUCACAAGUUAAUACAAACUCUUAUUAUGCGGUCCAUCCUCUUGAAAUUACACACGAGAUUGUUGUCUGCUCAGUGUCAAUGAGUUAGUUUGCCUGGGUUGUUUAAUGAUAUUCUCAAUGGUACAAACCAUAUCAAUGCAGCUGAUACUGAAUUAACAAUUCUGCUAUUUGUAUUUUUAUUCAUGUUCCUAAUUAUUUAUUUUAUUAUUUUCAACUACAAAAUAAAAUUUCUAACAUUA